AUGCCUUUCCGAGGCCACGAUGAAGGUGAAACUUCUACAAAAAGGGGAAAUUUUCUAGAACUUUUAAAAUGGUAUGCAAAUAGGCAUGAUGAAGUGAACAAAGUUGUACUAGAAAAUGCUCCACAAAAUAUCAUGAUGAUUGGUCCAAGUAUCCAAAAGGAGAUCGUGAAUGCUUGUGCAAAAGAAACAAUGAAAGCAAUUGUUGAAGAUUUAAAUGGAGAUUACUUUGGCAUAUUGGUUGAUGAAUCUAAUGAUGUUCCUCAUAAGGAACAAAUGGCUCUUGUUCUUAGAUAUGUCAACAAAGAAGGCACACUUAUUGAACGAUUCCUUAGUGUUGUUCAUGUUAAAGAUACAACUGCAAUAGCAUUGAAAGAUGCUAUCUAUUCUUUGCUUUUAGAGCAUUCAUUGAAUCCAUAUCAAAUACGGGGACAAGGUUAUGAUGGAGCUAGUAACAUGCAAGGAAAAAUCAAUGGUCUUAAAACUCUAGUCCUGGAAGACACUCCUUCAGCUUAUUGCAUACAUUGCUUUGCUCAUCAAUUGCAAUUGACUCUUGUAGCUGUUGUAAAGAAGCACUAUGAUCGCAGGGAGUUUCUUCGAGAAGAUCAAGCAAAAAAACUAGAGGAAUUACUAGUGCUUGGUGAAGUUCAUACGGGAAGUGGACUAAAUCAAGAACUUGGCCUUCAAAGGCUAGGUGACACCUACUGGGGAUCUCACUUUAAAACAGUGUGUAAUUUUAUUGCAUUAUUCUCAUCAAUUGUUCAUGUGCUUGAAGUAAUUGGAAGUGAGGGUACAACUUAUCUAGAGAGAUCCAUGGCAAAAAGUCUAGUGAAUGAUAUAAAAUCUUUUGAGUUUGUGCAUAUAUUGCAAUUGAUGUUGAAAGUGUUGGCAAUUACAAAUGAUUUGAAUAUGACUUUGCAAAGAAAAGAUCAAGAUAUUGUGAAUGCUAUGAAGCUCGUUGGUUUUGCCAAGAGGCAACUAUAA